AAUAUCACCUUGCACGGCUGCAUACGCACGAACAAGCAGCAUUUUGUGAACUGCAAACUCAGCCAACCUGCUACCUGGAGGCAUUGUGGGUCGACAGAGCGUAUCAAGAUGAGGACCGUUUCCAUGCUCCUGUUGGUUUUUGUGGGUUGCAUGUCAGAGUCCCACAAUGGGAACCGUAGCGCUCGAGCCAAGCGGGAACUUUUGCUGCGUUCCAAAAGAAGAUGGGUCUUGUCCACCAUUGAACUAAAAGAGGAAACACCUGGUCCAUACCCUAAGAUAAUUUCACACAUGUUUAAUGACAAGAAGGACAGAAAUUCAGAAAGACAGCGGUUUAAGUUGAGUGGAACGGGUGUGACUGAAAAGCCACUGGGAGUCUUCUCUGUCAAUGAAGAAACUGGAGAGGUCUAUGUCCAUAAACCUGUUGACAGAGAGGAGAACGCGCUCUUCCAUCUCAAGUUUGAAAUCUUGGACAAAGACACUGGUCUCCAAAUAGACAGAGAACUAUCUAUUGACAUAGACAUAAUGGACAUCAAUGACAAUGCGCCAACAUUUGACAAAUCCCGAUACACAGCCGACAUAAAGGAAAACUCAGAAGAGGGGUAUUUGCCAGUGCAGCUUCAUGCCACGGACAGAGAUCAAAGCGGCACACCUAACUCUAACAUCACCAUCAGCGUGAUUUCACAGAAACCACAACAGCCCGUGAUUGCUUUGAAACAGAUUGAUGACAGGAUGGCCUGGCUUACACUUGCAGGAUGUUUCAACUAUGAUAAAACAAGGAAUUAUGAAGUGAUUGUUCAGGCAAAGGAUCAAGGAACACCACCCAGUUCCUCAACUGCUGUUAUAUCUCUCAAUAUUGUUGACACAAACACCCAUCCACCAGUGUUCAAGGAGACUAAGUAUAAAGGGGAGGUGUUAGAAUCAACCAAAGGAGAUGUCUUGAGAGUUGCAGUAGAGGACAAAGACACUCCAAAUACUCCAGGCUGGCGUGCCAAAUAUUUCUUCAUCAACGGGAAUGAGGAUGGAGCCUUCCAAAUUGAAACUGACCCAGAGACAAAUGAGGGCAUUCUAAGUGUCCUUAAGGAAAUGGAUUUUGAGAGAACAUCUUUAUUAGAACUGCAAAUCGGAGUAAAGAAUGAGGAAACCUUAUUUGUUUGUAAAGACAAAUCCACUGGCACCAACAAACUUCCUCCUCCAGAUUCAGUCACAGUCAAAAUCGAAGUGAUUGAUAUCAACGACCCACCUCAGUUCAAGAAAGAAAUAAGUCAUGUGUACCAGAGGGAGGAGGAGUCACCAGGAAAGCUACUGUUCACGCCAGAGGUUCACGAUGAUGAUUCUGAUGUCAAUAACAUCAGAUAUGUGCUGUUACAUGAUCCAGCCAAGUGGAUGGGAAUUGAUGCGAAAACAGGACAAAUCAAAACAAUUGAGAUAAUGGACAGAGAGUCACCUUUCGUUGAGGACAGCAUUUACAACAUCACCAUUGGUGCCAUAGAUGACGGUAAGCCCCAAGCCACAGGUACAUGCAUUGUGCUGGUCCACCUGAAGGAUAUCAAUGACAACACGCCUCGGCUGGUCAACAAUCACGUCAUUAUGUGUGGAAACAAGGUGAACAAAGUCAUGAUAGCUGCCGGAGACACAGAUGACCAUCCUUACAGUGGGCCCUUCAUGUUCUCUUUGAGGGAUGAUGAUGGAACUCUGAAGCGGCUAUGGAAACUAGACCCUUCCAUAGGGGAGGAAGGUGGCCUCGUUAGCUUGAAGACACUUCCUUACGGCAACUACACAGUGCCCCUGGUGAUUCAGGACCAACAGAGCAUGCGUGAAAACAGCACUUUGGGAGUGACGGUGUGCGACUGUGGAGAAGCAAGCGUUUGCCGUCGUAAAGAGCCGCUCUCAACCAGCGGCGGGGCAUCUUGCAUUGCAGUGAUUUUUGCAGGAUUGCUGUUAUUUUUGUUACUACUCCUCAUCUUUAUGUGCGAGUGUGGAAAAAAAACAUUCCAUCACGGCCCCAUAGCGCAGGACGAGGGAAAUCAGACGCUGAUCAAGUACAACCAAGAAGGAGGGGGUGCUGAAAGCAUGACGAAGCCAGUUCUGCCCUCGAUACCUACGAAUGGAGUACCUGUGACAGAAGGCCUAAAAAAGGCCACCAGGCAGGUCAGUGAAAAGGACACAGGGAUGAUCACGAAGAAAGAUGCAUACAACACACAAGUCAGUGAAAAGGACGCGGGGAUGAUCGCGAAGAAAGACGCAUACAACACACAAAAUAUGAAUUUGAACAACAGCAAAAUGGGAGCGUAUCAAAUGGAUUCCGACUUCAGAGGCCUUGGAAGACAAAACAGGUAUUCUUCCUGGAGUACAAACAGGUCCAACUCCUUCCAUCAGGGCCGCGGAAAACGGUAUCAACGCUCUCUCAGCCUGCAGUCACAGCAGUACAUUAUAGAUCACAUUGACAAGAAACUGCCCAUGCUUGAUGGAGGCCACGUUGAAUAUCCCCAGUACCAACCCUACAAGUAUGCCUAUGAGGGAGAGGGCAGCACGUCUCAGUCACUGGACAAGCUGUCCAUCGGCAACCUGGGAGACGACUUGCAGUUUCUGAAUGACUUGGAGCCAAAGUUCAAGGCGUUGGGCAACAUCUGUCACAGGGCAAUUCAAGAGAAAGAACAUGCGGCUUUGAAGAACACAGCUGGAAAGUGAUUUGUAGAUCGUGCAUUGAGCUCUUUCUAGUCCCCGACUGUGACUACGACCUAACUUGGACAAUGGCCUACAAUUAAGGUUACAUGUUACAAUACACUGUGUUGUGUUGAUUGAUGAAGUCAAGAGAAAAUCCCCUUCACCACCUUCAGUGUUCCCCCCCUUACAAUGAUUUUCAGCAAAGGUGCUGUUAUUAUGAAUUGUUGUCUUUCGUGUCUUAAUUUGCAGCUUCUGGCGCUCACUUGUGCGAGAAAGUUAUGAGUGAUAAUCAUUAGUGGCACAUAGAUAUUAAUGAUUGUGUGAAAUUUUUGCAGCAGACCAUAAUAAUGUGGCAGUGGCGGCACACCAGCCAACCCUAGCAUUACUGCUGUAGUUAUUUCAUGACCCUAGAAAGUUUAGGACGGCAACUAUCUAUACAUUAACAACACUAAUUCAUGUGUAGAGAAUUUUCACAAUUUACAGAUAAGUUGUUCAGCCCAAAAGUGUGGAAAAAUGUCAGUCAUUGUUUCCCUAAACCUUGAUAUAAAUGUUUUGGGAUAUAAAGAUAUCUAUAAAGCGACAAGGAAACAAAAACCUAACACACCAAAACCACUUAAUAAUAACUUAACGUAAUAAAACAUUGACAAUAAACUAAAUCAAUGAAUCGCUGGAGUCCUAAAAAAUUGAACAAUUGUGCAAUAUGUAGGGCGUCUUUACCUAAUUCGGC